CAUUGUUUCAAAGAAGUAUAUCACAAUCAGCCAAAAGGAAAGUCUAGAACAAACCAUAGAAAGGAGCUCUUGCUGACUCGGAUUUUUUUUCUGUAACAGGAAGUGCAAGUAGAACCUGGCUAAUCGGUUUCGUAUUCAUCCAAGAAUCGGGAAAUACCUUAAUCUUUGUAAUAUUAGUCGUUCAAAUUUUUAUCUUAAAAAUGCAUCUCAACUUCAAAGACGAACGCAGAUGACUAAGUGAAAUAAAUUUACUUUAUGGAAUCAAAGCUAGUUCUUUUAUGGAAUGCCGUACGUCACAAAUUACGUCAUCAUGCGACUUAGAAAGCAGAAAGAAAGAAAGAAAGAAAGAGCAGAAUGUUUUCAACUCCAUAUUUUCUGCACAGUUACUUGUCAUCACAAGGAUCAGAUUUCAAGUACCAGAGUAGUCCUAACUCCUAAAUUUUCCCAAUUUGUCAAAAGUACAUCUAGUGACACAAGAGAAGAAUGUGGAGUAAAUGCAAAUAAAGGCUCGACUGCAGGGGUAUACCUGACUUCUCGGCAAUUUCUGGUUAUCACCAUCCGAAUGACCAAUUCAGAGGAGAAGACCAACUUCAAGGUGACUUUUAUGCAUUGGUAA